UUAAAACGACACUGUCAUGGCUUCCUUCGCCAUCGUGCGUCGAGUUUUAUAACAGAAGUACCAGACGAAACACUCCGAGGAGAGGGAGAGAGAGAGAUCAGAAAGCGAAAAAGGAAGAGAUGGAAAUGGCGACCAAGACCGAUGUCAGAGCGGAGCGAAGGAGAAGAAUUUCAAGCCGAGAAGGGGAUCGAAUGGCUCUCAUCACCGGCCGCUUGCGAAAUCUGCCUCCCUCGCCACCGCCUUCUCCCUCUUCGCCGCCAUUUUUUCAUCAUUAUACACAUCAACGCGGCCAUUCGCACACUGGAAUCAACCCGUCCUUCUUCGCAAAGGACACCCACAAGAAUCCUGAUUCCGGUCCUCUCCCUCAAAACCACGAUGUUUCCAAGCCUAAGGAUGAAAAGGCUCCCCCUCUACUGAAGCAUAUUUCAAUCAAUGAAGUUCAUAAUAAUGCUGCCAUAGAAUACCAAUUCAAUCCUAAAAAACUAGACCCCAUAGGAGAAGGAAGCACUGAACUAAUCUUAAGUCCGUCUUCCGUAACAAUGGUUCAGAAGGCCUGCAUUGAUAACGAACCACUGCCAAAAACAAAGCCCUCAAAACCUAGACUCAUCACUUCAAAACGACUAAAUGCCAGCAUUUUAGCUUCUCAAACCACACGAGUUUUCUGUUCGCUGAUCAUUGCAUCGUUGGCCAUUCUAUCGCAAGUCGAUAUCCCACUUACUAUAAUUAGAAACAUAGUGAGGUCAGAGACUGUGAUGGCCUCAAAACCUCUCUACAUUCUACUGCUCACCAACGCAACGAUUGUGGUGGCGAGAAUGUUGGCUGAAAAACAGAAAGACAGGGGGGAGGCAGAGGAAGAAUGUGAGAAAAUGAAGGAAGAUGCACAGAACUGGGACUCAGCUGUGAAAGUUUUGGAGAGAGGUUUGGUGUUUUACCAAGCUUUUCGUGCAUUUUUCAUUGAUUUUAGUGUUUAUGCAGUGGUUGUUAUCUGUGGCCUCUCUGUGCUGUAUGUGUUCGGUUUGAUCUAGUGAACCAUCUUCAGUUCCUUGGAGCUUAGCAGAUGGAUCACAUUUUGAAAGAUUGCUGGUUUCAUUAUGUUCUUUCUUUGAAGGGUACAUAUACAUAUUUGAAGAGCACCA